AUGGAUGCUAAGAAAGCCCCGCCCCCUCAUGGCGCCGUCAUCGACAUUGGCGGUAGCCAGAUGUACGGCGAUGUGAGUGAACGACUCAUGGAGGCCCUUAAGGCCCCGUAUUCUGCCAACGCCAAACCAGUGCUCCCGGACGAGUUGCUGUACGACGACGUUGGCCUCCCAAUCUGGAACGAAAUCAUCUUCACGCCCGAGUUUUACCAAACUCAUGAUGAGAUUGUUCUCUUCGACAAGCAUGGUGCUGAUAUUGCAGCACGUGUCCAGCAGGGCAUCACCGUGGUUGAUCUAGGAGCUGGUGACACCCGAAAGGUCGGCCACCUCCUGGCCGCAUUCAAAAAGGCCAAGGUAGAAACCACCUAUCUUGCCCUCGACAUCUCGAAGACUUCUUUGCACCAGAAUAUAGAGUAUUUGGUGAAGGAGCACCCAUCUGCGGGAUCUACCGUCACCUGUACCGGCAUCUGGGGGUCAUUCCAUGAUGGAAUGAAGUACCUGGAGGGGGUCAAGUCUCCACGACUCUUCCUCUCACUCGGAUCCGUCCUGUGCAACGACCCCUGGCCGGAGGCACUUUCGCACCUCAAGUUUUGGGCUAAUUCCUUGCGCACCGACGACUUCUUGCUGAUCGGCAUGGACGGCCAUCUUCUUCCCAACCACCGCGAGAAGAUUUGGAAUGCGUACCAUUCGUCCGACGAUUUGUACCGGUCUUUCUUCCUGAAUGGGUUUGCCAAAAUAAACCGACUCGCAGGUGAGGAUUGGUUCAAGGAAGAGGACUGGGAGUUCCUGGCCGAACUGGAAGAGGAGCCCACGACGCGCCACCGCUUCUACUUCCGUGCGAAGCGGGACAUCAACUUGGAGAAGAUUGGCCGUGUCAUCAAGAAAGAUGAAGAGUUCGACUGGUUCGACUCUCACAAGUACGGCGAAGACAGCGUUCGACUCAUGUGCUAUAAGGCGGGACUGAGCGUCAUCGAUGUCUGGCAAGCUCCGAAUUCCGAGUUCAGACAAUACCUUGUUCGAAAGAAGGGUGAUAAGGACCAGAGGGACGACGCCGAUAGUGCGGUGUCGGGAGUUAACUAAACUUCCUAGCCGACGGACCGCAAAACACUCCGAAACGACCAUUAAUACUACACCAAAAAGGCGAGCAGACAGUGCUGCGAUGUUUUUGAGAGGAUACCACGUGGGACAUGGGAGGGGGAGCAAGGAUAGAUAGACACUGCGGCCGUCUAUGUUAGGCACAGGGUCUCUUCUUCUUUGUCGUGGAUAUUUGUGACGAGGCGUUCCCACCAAGGGUGCCUCAUGCCGAUAGACUUUGGUAGCGCGGUGGGCAUAGACGGGAUUUCGACCUCGGCGUCGAUCCAGACCCAAAUGCGCUUUAAAGCCUGAUACAAGGGUGGCACGCUCUGAUAAGGACAGUUAGUACCUUAAUCCGUAAAGUAAUAGGUAGAGUCACGCGCAGCAGAACCAGACUGCAGACGAUAAUAAAAAGAGCGUGAGGAAAACGU